GUCGGUCAGUCAGUGGCUACCGACAACGAAGGAGCUGUGUUUGUGUUUGGUGCACCAAACAGAUCAUGCUGGGCAAGAUAAAAAGCUAUUAUCGCGCUGCGCGGCACUCUGCCCGUCCAAUUGAGCCGGCGCUGCCGGUCGCAGUUUAUCAGGACCACCAACCUCGUGAUUUAACCGUGCGCAGACGGCAGAAGGGGACGACUUCUGGCUAUCGCAUGGUGUUUAACGCUGGCGCUGUUCAGUAUAGUGCCGAACCUCGAACCGACGCUGCCCGUAGCCGCGGGUUCUCUGAUUGCUCAAUCGUUUCGUCGAUUCUCAAGGUGCAUUGAGGACCGCAGCGAACCUUGUGCUUAAGAUAAACGAACGAAUAGUUCACGAUUAGCAUAAUUCAUGUUGAAUUAUGCUAAUUUGAAACCCUUUGGAUUUUCAGUGGAAUUCGAAAUAGUAGCUGAGGGGAAUAAGUGAGUUAGUAUAUGGCAUUAACAUACAGCCGAAUCUAGUUUGAAGAAAAUAAAGCCCGGAGCGAACAAGUGAAGUGUAACAAAUAACUAAACGUAAUCAGUCUAAUCAAAAGUGAUAAUGGCAUUUCGGAGCGGUGUGCGAGGGAAUAUCAUUGGGUGCAUCGGUAACAGCAUGGUUGUUGUUUGCUCGUAGAGCAGUGAAAGACCCGAGAGUAGUGCACUCGUGGACUAGUUACUCCAGACUAUCCACGAAUAGCUGGUGUUAGCCUUAAUUGUGAUGUUCGGAACUAAAAAUGUUACAUGCUAUUUUUAUGACGCGACGAUAUUUGUAUUGUGUAUUCAAUAGUUGCAGAAUCAUUUUGAAAAACAAGUGUACUCUUCCAGCUGAUAGCGGCGGAGUGUCUACGUGACUGUGUAGAGAUUACAGCUGUUUGUUCUGUAAUAAGUGGCACGGAUAUAAGAUUUUGCGUAGCAAUAAUGGCCGAAAUUGCCCAGCUGCGUCCGCCGGACGGCGGCUGGGGCUGGAUGGUGGCGUUUGCCUAUGGAAUGGCUAAUAUCAUGAUCAUUCCGGUGCUGCAAAGUUUUGGCCUUAUUUUCAAGGACACUUUCAAAGAGAUUCACAUUUCCGCCACGGGUGCCUCACUGAUUAUCAACUUGGCAUCGUCGGUUGGCAUGACGCUCGGUCUCUUCAACGGUCCUCUGCUGCGUAACUUUGGCUUCCGGAAGGUGGCCGCCGUAGGCGGACUAAUGUUCUCACUGGGACUGAUGCUCACCUCCACCGCACAAACGUUUGCGCAUUUUAUCAUAACUUACAGUAUUAUUGCAUCUCUCGGGAUGGGGUUUUGCAAUUCGUCGUUUUCAUUGGCUUUGAACACCUACUUCGUCACUCGAAGGAACAAAGCAGCUGGAGUCGCAUUGACCAUCACUGGACUGGGACCGAUUCUGCUACCUCAGUUGGUUUCGCUUCUCGUUGGACUGUAUGAUCCGAGAAGUUGUUUACUCAUUAUUGGUGCAUUGGCAACCCACAUAAUCGCAGCAGCGCUGCUUUUGCAACCCGUCAAAUGGCACAUGGUCCCCGUAGAACCGAAGCAAGACUGCCUCGUCGGAAAAGAUACUUUCGAUGAGAAAAGCUCAGCUGUUGAUGCAACGGCUCAAGCACAAAACUGUCGCAGUAACACCGAGAAUGGCAUUUUAGAGGUUGAAUCGGACGACGAGGACGGUUACCUGGAGGAACACAGCUUUCUCACCGAUCAUGAAACGGACGCACAGAGCAUCUACGGAUUCGAGCAGACUUCCCAAAUUCGACGGCGCGAAUCGAUGGCUGCCCUGGUCGUUCUAUCGCGGGCCAAAAGCGAAGUGUUUCAUCCCGUACAGAGGAGCCCAUCACUGGUUGACAAUUUAGCGUUCAAAUCUGGAUCACAGAACUUGCAAACUACAAAGGAACCGCGACGAUGGUUUCAGGCGGCUUCCGACGAAUCAGUGCAUUUGGGUAGCUCCAUGAAAAUCUUCGAUGAACGAGAACGAAGAAAUUCAAUGGAUACCGUUAUGCCGAAACGAAAACUUUCCGGCAUUUUCGGAGGACGGCGUUCGCCGAACAACAAAAGAUGGUUCGAAAAAUCGGACGAUUCUGUCCAUUUGAGCAGUUCACUACGAAUCUUCGACGACCGGUACUCAGGAGCUCGAAGUGGCUCUAAUCUUACUAUUCGCGAUAGUUCACUUGUGCUUCCAGCAGUUUCACAAUCGAAGCUUCCAGUUUUAAGUGAAAAUCAAGGGCUUACCGAAGACAAUCGAUUCCCGUCGAUCAUGCGUCAGCUGGAUCGACCCACCCCUCCGCGAGCACCCGUGCCAAAGACCACCACCUUCAAAUUAGACAACGUUGAUGGUGGAGUGCCAAAUCAGCAGAAGAAAACUUUUCUUCAGAAGGUAGUCACACUUUUCGAUCUCACAUUGCUAAAAGACAAAAUCUACGUCAAUAUUAUGUUGGGAAUGGCGGUCUCCGUUUUUGCAGAGAUCAAUUUCUCGCUGAUGACUCCGUUCAUUCUGAGCGACCUGGGCUACGGAACGGAGCAUAUUGCAUCGAUUAUGUCGACACUGGCGGUAGCAGAUCUAAUUUUUCGGUUCAUUUCGCCUUUUGUAGGAGAUUUUCUGAAAUUGUCACCUCGCAUCAUGUAUAUGAUUUCCCUCACCAUGCUGAUCGUGUUUCGAUUUAGCAUUCUCAUAGCACGCAACUAUGCUGAAAUGAUUGCCGUUGCUUUCUUUCUCGGAGUUGCCAAAGGUGUACGGACGGUCUAUAUGGGUGUGGUUAUACCCAGUUAUAUACCGAUCAAACGGUUACCGGCAGCUUCCAGCAUCCAGAUGAUGAUGAACGGAAUGAUCCUGAUGAUGAUCGGUCCGCUGGUGGGACUGAUACGGGACCUAUCCGGUAGCUACUCGAAAAGCAUUCUGUUCAUCAAUGCGUUCACUAUCGUAACGCUGGUGAUGUGGGCAAUCGAAAUGGCCUACGUGAAGCGGAAAUCCCGCCAGAAACAUCUGGAGGCUGCCGCCGGUGUAGCUUUAUCGUGAUCGAGCGUGA